CAUCAAUGUUCUGAUUUUCAUCAGUGUUCAGAUUUUCAUCAAUGUUCUGAUGUUCAUCUAUGUUCAGAUUUUCAUCCAUGUUCUGAUGUUCAUCUACGUUCUGAUGUUCAUCUAUGUUCUGAUGUUCAUCUGCGUUCUGAUGUCAAUCAAUAUUCGGAUGAUCAUCUAUGUUCUGAUGUUCAUCUAUGUUCUGAGGUUCAUCUAUGUUCUGAUGUCCAUCUAUGUUCUGAUGUUCAUCUAUGUUCUGAUAUCCAUCUAUGUUCUGAUGUUCAUCUUUGUUCUGAUCAAUAA